AUGACAUUGCAUGACGUAGACAUCUCACGACUGAAGUACACAAAACAAGCCCAACUGCAUUGUUUGUUACUUGGGAUAGAUUAUUGUAGGUUGCGCGUUGAAGCACUCAAACUUGGAGAGUUUGCCGCACAUUUCCCCAGUCUGGAGCAUUGGAAGCCUGCCGCCAAGGAUGUUAUUACCAAGGCGGAUAAGAAGUGUGAUGAGAUACUUAAGAGGGUUGAUAAGGAUCAUAUAGACAAUCAAAAAGGAUCCAGCGGCCCCGUGAUUUUAAAGCAAGCUGAAUUGUUACAAAAUGAAGGUAAAAGACUUUUGGAGGCUGCGACUGCGGCAAAAAAGGCUGUUGAGCAGAAUGUCACCGCGGCCUUGGAGGCUGUUGUGGCAAUGGACGGAGAUCUCAAGAGGGAUUUGAAGAGUGUUAAAGAGAAGAUUAUAGCGGGGAUAGGGAGUGUGAUUCAGAAGUUGCAGGUUAAAGAGUUGGAUAGUUUGGUGAAAAAGGAUUUGGGGACGUUGAAGCAGAGGAUUGAGAAGCUCAAAACAGAGGUUGAUGAAAAGAGUGAUGAUGACAGCCUUGUCAACAAGGAGUUAAAACAACUUCGGUCUGCCAAAGAGGCGCUUGAAAAAGUUACUCAUAAGGAUGACGGUGGAAAAUCCAUUAAAACUCUGACGGAUGAACUUGACACGAACUUUAAGACCCAGAUCCAACAGCCGCUUAGCGAGGCGGUCAGUGCAGUUAACGAGGCUAUUGAGAAGCUUGGCGGGAAGUUUAAAGAUCAUGGUAACCUUAUGACUCUUCAUAAGGUUUUCGAGCAUAUUAAAGGAAAGGUUGCGGCAAUUAGGGGGACACCUAAGAAGGGUAGGCAUAAUGGCUCAGGCCUGGAGGGUAUUGUCAGCGGUAUCAAACAAUAUGCCAUAAAUAUUGGCAACAAUGUGGGUAGAUCAUCGGUAAAUAGCUGGGUGAUGAGGAUUUUGAAUGCGAAUGUGUUGGUUAAUGCGUGGAUUGAUGAGUAUGUUCGGAACAACAAUAAUAAAUUCCAAGAUAGUACAGUGACUGCCGAAAAUCAAAAGAUCCAGAAAGUGAAAAUUGUCUUGCAGAAUACUAUUCAAGCGCGGUUUAGCAGCGUUGUAGUAAAUGAAAAACCAAAAGGCCAGGGAAAUGUUGCUGGAACAUUGGCGGAGAUACAGACAUUUCACAAAGCCGUCUCCCAAAAGAUAAAGGAAUCACUUGAUCCGAUAACUAAGGCCCAGGAGAUUGCCACCCAGGUCAAGAGUGAGGUGAUUAAUGGGGGAGGCAACAAUAAUGAUGGAUAUCUCCGAGGCGCCAUAGAAGCUACCCUCGCACAGCUUCCUGUGCUGGUAAAAAAUUUUGACGACGAGCUCAACACAUUCGCCAGUGAAGGCAACGCCGGAUUUGCCAAGUUGGAUGAUGCGCUUAAAGUAACCAAGGAUCUUGACAGUCAGCUUGGCGAUGCGACUAACCCCAGCCAGCGUGAUCCUUCUGGCCCUAAUAUUAGCCCCGCCCAAGUCGUUGACAAGAGGUUGGGGAUGGUGAGGCAGCAGGUAAGACUAAGAUUAAUGGUCUUGUGGUGUUAG